CUGCGAGAAGACCGGGGGAAACUUGAACUAGUGAGUUGAUUUGUUAUGCUUCCUUUUCUUCUGCGGAUUUUAUAAAAACGAUAAAAAAAUCAUUCGAGAGAAACUGAACGUUCAUCAUGCAAUUAGACCAGAUACUGAGCGCCGCAGUAGCGGCUGUCAAUGAGGUCCAGCAGUUACCGUCUCCUGAUGUGCCCCAGUAUUCGCCCACUUCCCCUUCUUCGUCGUGCGCCGCCCACGAACAGCAACAAGCCCAGACGUUACCGCUCAAAUAUGAAACGGCAGAACCAGAAGAAUCUUCGACUGACCUUCACUAUCUCAACCAACAAGCGCAAGCAGAGCAACAGGGCGCCGAAAGCAAGACUGCCAAGUUUCCAAACGCCAGUGCCCAUCAGAGCGACGUGCCCUGCGCGAAAAACGCCUUUCACGUCUACAACGAAGCCUUGCAUGAAGUCCAGGACAACGACGGAUUCGGGGACAUAUCGUUUUUCGCUCUCGACGAUGAUAAUCUCGUCAUCACUUCGCAGCAGGCCCUUGAGAUGUUCGAAACCAAACCGGACGAAUAUCACAAGCAAGGCGCUUAUUCCUACGAGGCCUUGGGUAACAAGGACACCCCACCAGAAAUCAACACUCCUCCCAUUGACAUGACUACAGAUGCGACUGCUAACGAUAAGAUGCCCGAGCAGAAAGUCUCCCGACAGGGGGAAGGUCGAAUUCCCAGUGAGAUAUCAAACGAAGAGGGCAUGACUGGUGAGGAGGUCGAUGUCAGCAACGCAGACCUGGGAGAAUGGCCAGUGUUCCUGGAAGACGAGAUACCCGUCACCAACGGUUUGCAAGUGACCGAAGUGACGGAAGAAGUGCCAGUGAUAUCAUCCGAAGUGGAGGUCCUCACCUCCUUGGACGAACCCCAGUACACCUCACUGACACCAGCAGUGACCGACCCGCCACAGAAUGACCUCGGUUCCUUGUCAGAACAAGUUCUUCAGUCGCUGCCCGGUUCGACUCUCGACGCCACAGUUGACGAAAACGGCAGAUUCGUGGUGCAAGUCGUGGGGCCUGGAAUGAACAUGACGGUUCAAAAUAACUACAUCAGCAGGGAGAAAGAGACGCCGGCCGAUUCAGCGUUUGAGCAACACAUAAAACCGUCAAACCUCGUUGACAUGACGAAUCCUCAUCGUGACUCUCCCUCGGGCAUGGGCCCCUACGCGACGUUUGACGAGCACGUACCCAUGAGCACCUCUGUCAACGAUAUAUCUGUCACGCCCACCUCGUCAGACAUGAUGGAAAGAUCUAGAGGUCACUCGAAGAGCCACUCGAGCGUACUGACAGCUCUCAGAGACUCUAUUUAUAGAUCAAGGGCCAAAAAGCGCACCUUCGAUGACCACAUCUCUUACGGCGAUCACUCGCCAGCGAAGAGACGCCCAGCAGACAUUCUGAAAGAUCUACACAUCGAGUUUGAGAGGCAGGAGAGAGGGUUCUCGCUCCAAGAGGGCUACCAUCACCAGACCCCAAAAAUGGAAAGCCACGCGGGCCAGAAUCCUACAGAGCGUGCCAGAGGGUCAUCUCUGAUGAAGUCCCCAAAACCCGACGCGAGAUCGCCCAACGAAAUUCUGGUCCUCCGCCCAGAGGAACUGCAGUCGGCUAUGGCGAAGAAAAGGCACCGGAGCAGCGACACCUCUCCCCCCCUCGUGAUCAUGCGGCCGGACGAGUUGAAAGCUGAAGGCGACGACGAAGCGAACGACCCUCUACAGGUCCAGCUGGUCUACCUCGUUUACCCCAUGGACGGAUCAGGUGCAAGUAACUCAGGAGGCCAGAGGAAUAGAAUGCCCUCAGAGAUGAUUUAUAGUAAUCAAGGAUUUCUAAGGGAUAUGCCAAACGUGGCCCUUCAGCCUCCUACAGCAAGUGCUAAGAAAGUGCCAUGGCUACACGACGAAGACAUCAUUGCUCCUCAUCCCACGAAUCCGACUAGGAAUGACAUAGACAAUGACCUAGGCUAUAAGGACAAGCUCAUCGAAGAGUGGAACCACCAAGACGUCAUCUACUACAUGUUCGAUUCCGCCAAGGAACUGAACUUCGCGGGACAGCACCUCAAUUUCUACGAGCUCAACGCCGUCACCGGGAAGGAUCUCUGCCUGAUGACCCGGGAUGACUUCAAGAGAUUCGCGCCGAAGGCAGCGGACCACCUGUUCCAGAACUUCAGAGCCAGGCUACUGCAAGAGAAGAGACAGCAGCAGCAGCAAGCUGCAGCGCAUGCAACAUCCUCACACCAAGACAUCAACAAAAACAGAAUAGUCCCGGAAGCAACGUCGCCCUUCGACUUCAUCAACCAGUCGAAGAGUUUCUUUAAUCCUACGAACCACAACAACUUGUCUCAUCAUCACCACCCAACAGUCCGGCCACAGCAACCGCCCGUGAUAUUCAGGGACUCGCCGGUAGGGUGCGACGCCUCCGCCCGCUACGAAAUCCGCUAUGAAACUGUCGACGGCAGAGCGAUCGGUCUAGAUGACGGUAACAAGCGACUUAUUCUGGGCAGUCUCCCCUCGGCGUCGAGGAAGAGCUUCGAUCUCCUGCACGCCCCCUCACCUGCUCCGCCUUUUGACGUGGAUGAUAAUAUAUCAGAUCCAGACCAAAGCAGCAACGAAGAAGAAGUCGUUAAACCCGAGCCACCCAAGAAGAGGGGACCUGGGAGACCGAGGAAACCAGAAAACGAGCUCAAGAAGAAGAGAAAGAAGACUGGUCGCUUGUGGGAAUUCAUCAGGAAUUUGUUGCUGGACCCGGAGACCUGUCCGUCUCUGGUGCGAUGGGACGACCCAGAGCAAGGAGUGUUCAGAUUUGUCCAGGCGGACAAAGUGGCCCAGAGAUGGGGUCAGCGCAAGCAGAACCGGGACAUGAACUACGAAAAAUUGAGCAGAGCGAUGCGGUACUAUUACAAGGGAGGCGUUUUCGAGCCAGUCAUAGGAAGACGUCUUGUGUACAAGUUCGGCAAGAACGCCAAGGGCUGGCAGCCAUCGAAUCCCAACUUCACCAACCAGGGACCCUUACCUUCCUCUCAGUCGUCGUCUCAUUAACGAGUUGGUCUGUGUUCGACGGUGUGUCAAGACAAUCAUUCCUGGGAUGUUUGCCUACGCUAUUGUACAGUGUUUUCGCGUUGAUUGUAUAAAAAAAAUACUCUUUCAAAAUGGUCACAAUGUAUCGCAUUGUUCUUGUACGAUUUUGCUCAUCUCUCAAACCCGUGAAACCAAAGAAUACGGUAGAUAUUAGGCAUGUAUCAAAUCUCUCUUUGAUACCAGACUCACAAAGAAGGCUGUAGUUUGAAAAAGUGCUCGAGAUUCAAGACGAUGAAGACAUCUCAGGAGGCUCUGACUUUGAGGAUAAAUUCUUCAAAUUUCGAAACGAAAAUGAAAAGCUAAUUGAAUCUACUGCACCAGACAUCUGGAAGCAUAUUGGUUGGCGAUUUUGACGGAAACGAUGAAACAAUGAGGGGCGUGUUUUGCUUUCUUUGAGACUAGUCAUAUUCUUUUUUAUUUGUCAAAUGACAUUAGGCUUACUCGAACUUGUAUUAGGUGCCAUAGUUUGUUGACUUUUUUCAAAUGUAUAUGAGCCGUCAAGUGCAAUAUGUGUAAAUAUGUGUAGCUGGUUAAAGUUACGAAAAUGUAUAAUGUAUUUGGGGGUACUCACUUGUUGAUGAAUUCAAGGGCCUUGUUGGCUAAAAGUUCUCUUCUGGCAAGGUGGAUUCAUUUCGAAUGGAGUCUGAUAAAACAAAGGUGUAAAGAUUCAGUAUUACAAAUUAAAGUGCUAAAGGUGUGUAAAAGUGUAUCGACCUCCUUUCCUGAGCUCCGUACAAAGUGGUUUACUCGUGUGGUUGUAGAUUUUUUUUUUUUUUUUUUUGCAGCCAAGUAAAAAAAAUUUGGUGCUAAAGAUUUCGAAACGCUCAAUUGUUGAGGCAUUAAUCGCUUUUGAAAUUUUAUGUAUGUAAAUAGCUGUACUAUAUUGCAUAUGAGUAUUAUAUGUAAGAAACCUGUCUAUAAGUUAUUUCGUAAUAAACUAAAAUAAAUCUGA